UUAACUCAUUACCCCAUAUAUAUAAUGCUACUAAUUCUUUUGGUUAAAGAAUAAAAACUAGGAGGUGUAAUCUUUGAAAGAUUGGAAUAGGAGAUUCUUCAAGUUUGAAGGCUUAUUAGUGAGACAAAAUGACUAUAAAGGUAAAGCCAGCAGUUGCCAUGAGGGCAAUCCUUGUUGGAGGAAUUGCUGCAUUUUCAAAAAUCGGUGGGGCUGUUAAAGCUGCAGGAGGUGUAAAAGUAGGCGCAGCAGCCGCUGCUAUGAGUGCUGCAGCAUCUGCUGCCAUCUCAGGAUCCAAACAAGAAGCAAAAACAGUUACUCAACAGAUACCUAAAUGAUGCUCUCUCUGAAAGAACGGCGUAGAGCUAGUUAUCCCCAUUUCAGCUUGUGAUCUUUUUCCUUCUAGAUAAUGUACUUUCGGACAAACCAUAAGUUAUAGGUUAGUGGGGUUGCUAAUUGGAUGGUUUCUUUAAUGAUCGAGUAGUUCAUGUAUCGAGUCCUGGCUGCUAGUUCUGUACAAAUGAAUGUCGGAAUCUUUUGAAUCGAAGCUUUUGGCAUCACUUUGUUGUAUAGAAUCCUGAGAAUGUAAUUCUGGCUUAUGAAUAAAGAAUAUUUGUGCUAUUUACUGUUGCUUUCAACAGUAAAUAUUUGUGGGAUUUCACUGGGUAUGUUGUUGUUACUGUUGCUUUCAACCUAAUUGUAAGUCUCAACUUGUUUCCAGUAUGCAUGUCUUUCAGGUUGGCCUUCCUAUUUUACCAAAUACGAGUAUUCUGCUCAUGCAUUAGAUGUAUGGACUAGCCUAUAGAGCGGUCAGCUAUGAUCUACUCAACUUCCUCUCUAGUACAUUUAUCUACAUCUGGUGGCGAAGAAGUUG